AUGGCCAUUGCAGCCGUGGGGCAAAUAUGCUCGACUGCGAGCAUGACUGCAAACCUCGCUCAGUGUCAAACAUUGGUACGAAAGGCAGUUGCUGCUGGUGCUAAGGCACUGUUUCUACCGGAAGCCUCGGACUACAUUGGCUCCUCGGCAGCAGAGACAAUAUCAUUGGCACGUUCGGUAAAUGAUAGUGAAUUCGUCUUAGGUCUCCAAAAAGAGGCUGAGCAGGCAAACCUUCACAUCAAUGUUGGAAUACAUGAGCCUGCGCAGGGUGGCAAAGUGAAGAAUACUCUUGUAUGGAUCAAUGAGAAGGGAGAUAUUACACAGCGAUAUCAGAAAGUCCACCUUUUCGAUGUCGAUAUCAAAGGGGGGCCGGUACUGAAGGAGAGUGCGAGUGUUGAGAAAGGUAUGGAAAUCUUGUCUCCAUUUGCAACUCCAGUGGGACGGGUUGGCCUCUCUAUAUGCUUCGAUCUACGCUUCCCCGAGAUCAGCCUGGCGUUGAAGCGCCAGAAUGCAGAAAUAAUCACGUACCCUUCAGCAUUCACAGUCCCAACAGGGAAUGCACACUGGGAGGCCCUGCUCCGCGCGAGGGCUAUAGAAACACAGUCAUAUGUGAUAGCGGCAGCACAAGCCGGUCCUCAUAAUGAGAAACGAAGGAGCUAUGGCCACUCGGUGAUUGUUAACCCAUGGGGAGAAGUCGUGGCAAAACUUGGUGAUGAAUACAGAGAACCGCAAAUUGCGACUGCAGAAAUCGAUUUGGAUCUUUUGGCCAAAAUCCGUAAAGAGAUGCCGUUGCUCAGGAGGACAGAUAUAUAUACUGAAGUAUGA